UCAAUGUAGUUCCAGUUGCUCUCUGCCUUGAUGGUGAAUGGUAGUCGUGUCUUACAUUACGAUCAUUUUCGUUUUAUACUUGUAUAAUUUUAUUAUUAGUAUCAGUCAAGAUUAUGGCAGACAAACAACGUGUUUGCAUCAUUGGAUCAGGAAAUUGGGGUUCAGCUAUCGCUAAGAUAGUUGGAGCAAAUGCCGCCAAACUUAAUAAUUUUGAGGAUCGUGUUACAAUGUAUGUAUAUGAGGAAACUAUCAAUGGAAAGAAACUAACUGAAAUUAUUAAUGAGACGCAUGAAAACGUAAAGUAUCUUCCAGGACAUAAACUCCCGCCCAAUGUGAUUGCAGUUCCUGAUGUAGUGAAAGCUGCCGAGGAUGCAGAUAUCCUAAUUUUUGUAAUACCACAUCAAUUUAUCAAUAAAAUAUGUAGUACGUUAUUAGGGAAAAUUAAACCUACAGCUGUUGGUCUUUCUUUGGUAAAGGGUUUUGAUAAGAAGGAGGGAGGUGGUAUUGAACUUAUUUCGCAUAUAAUUACUAAACAACUUCAUAUUCCUGUUUCGGUUUUAAUGGGAGCAAAUCUAGCUUCUGAAGUUGCCGAGGAAAUGUUUUGUGAAACUACUAUCGGUUGCAAGGACAAAAAUAUGGCUUCUAUACUAAGGGAUAUAAUACAAACGCCAUACUUUAGAGUUGUAGUAGUUGAAGAUGUUGAUUCUGUCGAAUGUUGUGGGGCAUUGAAGAAUAUAGUAGCCUGCGCCGCUGGAUUCGUCGAUGGUCUAGGUUUGGGUGAUAAUACAAAAGCUGCUGUUAUCAGAUUAGGUCUUAUGGAAAUGAUUAAGUUCGUAGAUGUCUUUUUCCCUGGAGGAAAACUUUCUACUUUCUUUGAAAGUUGUGGUGUGGCUGAUCUUAUCACUACUUGUUAUGGCGGUCGCAAUCGUAAAGUUUCUGAAGCUUUCGUAAAAACAGGCAAGACAAUCGAAGAAUUGGAGAAGGAAAUGCUAAAUGGACAAAAGUUACAAGGUCCGUUCACUGCUGAAGAGGUAAAUUAUAUGCUAAAAGCGAAAGAUAUGGAAAGGAGAUUUCCUCUUUUCACGGCCGUGCAUAGGAUUUGUACCGGUGAGAUAAAGCCUGCGGAACUAAUUGAAUACAUACGCUAUCAUCCAGAACACAUGUAAGCUUAAUUGUCUCCACUAUAUUUAAUGGCGGACUAGCUUAAAUAUCUGAUCUUUAUUUUAGAAAUCGUUAUAGAACAACAAACAUUUUAUUUGAUAUAUUGUAAAAUUUAUUUUCGGAGCUAAAAUCACAUUAAUAUACGGUCACAUAAAUUUUAGAAAUUCAACGAGAAAAAUUUUAUAUAAAUAUGUAAUAUUUGUGAGAUUUAAUUGGACAUCCUAUACGAGAUGUGGGAUCUAAGCAUUCAUUUAUUUAAAAAUUAAUAUUUUAUCAUACAUCUUUUAUCGUAAAAUAAUACGUGCUCCGUUUAGCCAUGGUCCUAUUUACUUCUGUAGUUACAUAUUCUAAUGUGUGUUAAAACCAAUUGGUAACCCUGUAAAAAGUUACUGGGCAUUAACCUGAUAAUAUGUAUAUUGUACAUAAUACCUGUACAUAUUUGUAAAUAGUUAUCAUGUAUAUCGAAAUUGAAAGGGCUUAUGUACAAUUUUUUCCAAUGUCAUAUAUACACAUAUAUGCACAUAUAUACGAUGAAAUGUUUCUGACUUCUAUCAAAUAAAACGGUUUUUAUUUUAAACAAUGAAAAUAAAGGAUUAUAUGUACAAUUACGUAUAAAAGAGCUCUGAUAGCUUUGUAAAAGAGAUUAUUUUUUUAUAUACAUAUUAAAAACAACGUGAAUAUUUAUCCUAUAUUUCUAUAAUAUAUCAUAAGAUGUAAAACAAGAUUCAAAGGAUGUAUUUUACUACGUUUUAGUCAUUUUCGAUCUUUUCAAAGCUAUUUUGCCGUGUUAAGUGUAUCAUAGCUUAUUAAUGGCAAUGAAACAAAUGUUUAUAAGGUGUCCUAGAUUUUGUGGGCAAAUAUUGUCGUUAUAUUCUAUGGGUUUGAGUAAGAAAAUGAUAUUAUAAGAACAUAGCAUUAAUAAGCUUCGUUAGAAGCUUUAUUGAGUUAAGAUCACUAGAUCUUUAUAUAGUUUUCAAACUAUUGAAAAAGAGGAUAAUUAGGUGAUAUAAAAACGCGAUGAUUAAUUCAUGAAGGUUAAAAAAAUUGCACCUUUGUAGAAUAAUAAAUUCAUUGCCUUAAUGUUGUCAGUUUUGUAUUCACAGUAAUGAUAAAUAUUUUGAAACUAAUUAUCAAUAAUUGAUUAGCAAUCAUAAGACCGUUAUGGUCUUCGCUAUUUCUUUCCUUCUAUUCUAUUCCUUUGCUAUCUCUGUUCACAUUUUAUAUUUUUUUAUUAUAAUUAUUUUAGUGAUGCUUUAAAUGACUUAUGUUUACAUAACAUUCUUUUCUUGAAUUUUACCCAUAAAAUAUGUUGACAAAUUUUGAUCGGGAAAAUCUGGAACAUCUUGUACAAGAAGUAACAUUAGAUACCAUAUUUUGCAUGACUGUAUGUUAUUGUUGUUGCAAUCUAUAGGGGUGUUGCGAAAUUCUUUUAAUGAUUUGUAAGAAAUUAAUAUUUCAUAAAUAAAAUAUGUGCAUAACAUAUGCAUUUCACAUUUAGUUGUGUUACAAUCGAUGUUUCAUAUUUGUUUUCAAGGCGAUGUAGAAGUUUAUAAAUCCAUAAAUUAUAAUCGCUUUUAAAGACAUAUCUAUAUCGUAAAAUGAUGUUAUUUAUUUUUGAUGCAUAUAUAAAAAGCAGAUUUAAUUCGUAAUUUCGAGUCAAGAAAAAAUUUUUUGGUAAUUAUUUUCAUAUAUUUCUGUAAAUAUAAAAAAAUACAAUUUUGUUAAAACUUUUUUCAAAAUUUCUCACCCCUAAAGAAACAUUGGAAUUGGGAAAAGGUGAUGGAGAAUUAUUUUUAGAUUCUUAACUAUUAUACAGAUCAAGAAGCAAUUUCAUAAGGAAAAUGUUUAUCAAGUAGAGAAAAGAAGAUAGAGUAAAAAAGGAAACUAACUUAAAAGGACCAUGGACUUUUUUGAACUUUACAAUACAAAUUUUUAUUAGUACUCGUCAAAGAGUAAAUUGUUGUUUAACUUUGUUUUUUGUUGCCAUUUAUUUUAGUUUAUAUUUUGGUUUAUAUUUCCAAUUCUGAAAUAGGGUAAUAUUAUGAUAAUAAUUAUAGCGCAUAUAAUAAUAAUUUCAACACACCCUUAAUAGCACCUGUGAAUCACGUACAUAGUUAAUAUCUUCUUAAGUGCGCAAAGUAUAUACGAAACGUAAAGCAGAACAUUGAUUAUUAAUAAAAUAAAGUAGUAAUACGUCAAAAUGUAAUGUGUUAUGCGUUGUUGUAUAUUUUAAUGAAAAGUUUACAAGGAUUGUUGUAUGUUAGAAAUUAAGAAGAGUCUAAAUAAAUAUUUUAGAUAUCUUGAUCUUGUGCUUUUCGAUAGUUCGUUAUAAAUUGUUGUAUCAUAGAACUAAAGUUGACUUGAACAGUGUAACAUAAAACGUAACAAAUAUAUGACUAUUACUUGUUAAUUGAUAAA